AUGGCAUCCAUGGUCAAAUUAAGCUCAGGACAUUACAUUCCAACUGUUGGUCUCGGUACUUGGCUUUCACAGCCUGGUAAAGUUGGAAAUGCACUUAAAAUUGCUCUCAACAAUGGUUAUCGGCAUGUCGAUUGUGCGCAUGUAUAUCAAAAUCAAAUCGAAUUGGGUGAAACAUUUGCUGAGAUUUUCAAAGAGGGAAAUGUGAAGCGAACUGAUAUAUUUGUUACUUCGAAAAUAUGGAAUACUUUCCAUUCACAUGAAAUGGCUAAGAAGAAUGUAGACAUCAUAUUGAAAGAACUUCGGCUCGAUUACCUGGACUUAUGUCUCAUCCACUGGCCACAAGGAUAUGAUGAAAGUGAUGGACUUUUUCCCAAGAGAUCAGAUGAUGAAAAAUUUAAAUAUUCCGAUAUUGAUUACUUGGAUACAUGGCGCGCUAUGGAAGAGUGUGUGAGAUUGAAAAAAAUCCGCUCUAUUGGAUUGUCGAAUUUUAACCAUAAACAAAUUCUGCGGGUGAUCAAUAAUUGCACCAUCAAACCAGCUGUUUUGCAGGUUGAACUUCAUCCGUAUUUCCAACAACACAAAUUACACAAUUUCUGUCAAGAGCAUGGAAUAGUGCUGACCGCAUAUAGUCCAUUGGCAAAUCCAACGAUGCCAUUCAGGAAAGCAACAGAUGCUUCUUUACUUGAUGAUCCCAUAAUUCUUAAGCUUGCUGAAGUGCAUCAUAAGUCAGCUGCACAGGUAAUAUUGCGUUGGGCUCUCCAACGUGGACUAGUCGUUAUCCCAAAAUCCGUAACUGAGAAAAGGAUUAUUGAAAACAUUAAUAUUUUCGACUUCGAACUCAAAUCUGAAGAAAUGGCAUUGAUCAAUGGCUUAGAUAAAAACUGGCGUAUUUUGGAUCUUUCAAGAGAUGCGGAUCAUCCUUUCUUUCCAUUUAAUGAAGAAUAUUGA